AUGGUCUCAGUUCAGAGCUGUACCAGGAAGAAUAUGGCUGGCUGUCCUCCUGCUGUACCGGGAUAUGGGAGCUCAGGAAAGAGUUUUCUUAUCGACAAUCUGCUGCAGUCUCAGACACCUUCAGCCGCUUCAAAAUGGACAACGAGUGGACACCUGAGACGAGCAGCGUGUGAAUGCCCAAGGAGAACCUGGGGCCCUGAGGACGGAGCCUUGGAAAGUCGGACCCAAAGUCUUCGGCCAGUGAAAGACUUAGGAGGGCCACAUCUGCCACGUUCUGAUGUGCUGAGCAGUGUUUUCCUGCCGAGCCCGCAGUAUCUGUUGGCAUGCUGCGGUGGGUCCAGCCCCCCUCCUGUCUUCUCCAAGGGAGCAAACAUUCAGAUGUGGUCUGCUAAUGCAAGUCCAAACUCACGUAGAGGGAUCCUUAGGAGAGCUGUGUUCUCUGAAGAACAAAGGAAAGAGCUGGAGAGGACCUUUCGAAGACAGAAGUACAUUAGCAAGACAGACAGGAACAAACUGGCAGCUAAUCUCAGCCUUAAGGAGUCACAGGUAAAGAUUUGGUUCCAGAACCGGCGCAUGAAGUGGCGAAACUGUAAAGAGAAGGAGGUUCAUAACAUUCGUUCCCCAAUGGAUGAGCUCAUGGCCCGCGGUCUUGGUCAGGAAGAAGAACCACAGAAUUACACUAAUGCAAAAACAGAGAGAUCAUCAAAGCAAAAGAGUGCCAAAGACACAUGAGAGGUCAUAAUG